UCAAUUUUAUCUGCUUUUGCACACGCUCAGGAAGAAGCCAAAUUUAAUAGUGCUUACAUCCAAUCUUGUUUGGAAAAGGUUGCUCCUUCCUUCUCAAACUAUAAUGGUAAUCUCAACGAAAGAUGUUUCAUCUACCAGCGAUGAUGUCAUCAAUAGUGUCGAAACAGUUUUGAAGGACUCCUCUGCACAAGAAAUAUGUGAAGUGCUGAAAGCCCAGGAAGACAGAUAUGAUGGUGUAAUUGUUGACGUAGGGAAUAUGCAAAACGAUGCCACUCGUUUUGCGACUUCACUGAAAGCAUCACUUUUUCAAUGGGCGCGCCAGGCGAAGAGAGCGGUGUGGAUUAAAGUGCCCAAAGAACAGGCAACACUAGUUCCCGUUGCGAUUGAGGCAGGAUUUUGGUACCACCAUGCAGAGCCUUCAUAUGUGAUGUUAGUGUAUUGGAUCCCUCAAAUUCCUUGUACCAUCCCUCAUAAUGCUUCGCAUCAAGUGGGAAUCGCAGCUUUUGUAUUCAACGACAAAGGAGAGGUUCUAGUAGUUCAGGAAAAGUGUGGACCUCACAAGGAUUCUGGGUUGUGGAAGAUGCCAACAGGAAGGGUUAACCAGGGGGAAGGCAUUAAGGAAGGGGCCAUAAGAGAAGUUCAUGAAGAAACAGGGAUUGAAACAGAAUUUGUACACGUGGUCGGAUUCAGGGAUGGUCACAAUUUUCUGUUUGGAAAAUCUGAUAUGCUCUUUGUGUGUAUGCUGAAAUCCGUGUCUUGUAAUAUUGUUAUACAAGAAACCGAAAUUUCAGCAGCCAAGAUGGCCGUCGAGGAAUUCGCAGCUCAACCUAAAAAUGAAGAGAUUACACUUCUAAAAGAUAUGAUUGGCGCAUGUGUGACCAGCAUGGAUGGACAAUGUGAAGGAUUUUCAGCCAUUGAGAUCCCUGCUAACUCCCGCAAACCUUCUACUUUUUACUGUGGUGCCGUUCAUACUGAAUCUUAUCUUAAUAUUGCUGUAAAAAUAUUCGAAUAUGGUCAUAUGGCCAUCAAAUUUAGAGGAGUUUGGCCACCACGUGUCUGUUAUUUUGCCCUUGGUUUGCACAAAGGAAGUGAACUUUCCCAAAGCGUACAAGAACUAAUAUUAAAUCGUAGUAAGAUGGACGGAAGGGCCACAGCAGUUGCUUGUUACCAACGUCGAAGCACUAGCCAAAUAUACCCUGAUUAUUGCUUUCUCUGUUUAGUGCUAAGUACUUUCCACGACACAAUGGCAUUCCCCUCUAAGGAGGAUUCCUCUGCCAAUGAUAAUGCCAUCAACGACGUUGAAACAGUCUUAAACGAGCUGCGUGGAGAAGAAAUACAUCAACUGCUGAAAGCAAGGGAAGACAGAUAUGAUGGGGUGGAAGUUGACGUAGAAAAUAUGCAUAACGACGUUCGUCGUUUCGCAUCUUCACUAAAGGCUUCACUUACUCAUUGGGCAGGUCAGGGAAAGAAUGGGGUGUGGAUCAAAGUAGCCAAGGAACAGGCCAAACUAGUUCCGGUUGCGAUUGAGGAAGGGUUUUGGUAUCACCAUGCAGAACCAUCAUAUGUGAUGUUAGUGCUUUGGAUCCCUAAAACUCCUUGUACUAUCCCUGAUAAUGCUUCACAUCAAGUGGGAAUUGCAGCUUUUGUAUACAACAGCAAAGGAGAGGUUCUCGUAGUUGAGGAAAAGUGUGGACCUUACAAAGAUUCAGGACUGUGGAAAAUGCCCACAGGCAGGAUUAAACAGGGGGAAGGCAUUAAAGAAGGAGCUAUAAGAGAAGUUAGGGAAGAAACAGGGAUCAGAAUUUAUCUCUCUAAUUACAGUCGGUGCAUGAUCUACAGGGAUGGUCACAAUGCUCCUUUUGGAAAAUCUGAUCUACUUUUCGUGUGUAUGUUGAAACCAAUUUCUUUUGACAUUGUUAUACAAGAUAGCGAAAUUUCAGCAUCAAAGUGGAUGGCAAUAGAUGAAUUUGCAGCUCAGCCAAAAAUGAAGCAAAGCAAACUUCUCAAGGACAUGGCGGACGUGUGCGUUGCCAAUAUGGAGGGAAGAUGUAGAGGAUUUUCAGCCAUUGAAAUACCAUCGCGCAAACCCUCUACUUUUUAUUGCAAUCCCAUUGAUACUGAAUAAUUUAUUGGGAAAAACAGAUAUAAUGGACGUCAGUCACUCAUCUCGUUUAAUUCAUUUGUUAGCAUAUUUUGUUUCGAGGUAAUAGGAGAAAGGAAUGUGCUGAGGUUAACUUUAUACAACUAAACCGAUGAAUAAGAUCACCUCACCCCAUGUCGGUGAUGGCAUGAUAUGCCGUUUAAUAAAUAUUAGUUUGUUAUUGUUCUCUCCAAGAUUUAAAUUCUUGGGAUGCCCAGCAUUAUAAUAAAUUGUUGAAUAGUGACAUUUUUACAAAGAUGA